AUGAUUAAUGGAAAAAACAUGUUUACAUUCCAAAUAAGAAAGUUAAGAUCACAGAAAGAGUUUAAUAGCAUUAUUCCCGAUGAUCCAAGUAAUAUAUUUGAGUAUACUGGUAAAAAGAGAAAAAUUGUUAAUUUUGAUAAUAUUUUUGUUAAGGGCAAACAAAAAACGAAACCUGUCAAAAAUGUCGAAUUUAACAAUAAAGUUAUACAAACAAACAAACUAUUAUUUACGAAAAAUAUAAAAAAGUCGAAUGGCAUAAAUAAAAAUGUUAAAAAGAUUGAUUUUGAUAAUGCUUUAUUACGAAGUAGUAGUAAAUGUCGAACUGAAAUUUCUAAAGAAAAUUUGAGUAAUAAAAAAUUAACAAAAAAUGGUAAAAUGCAGCCUGUUACAUUUGUUUUACCUUCCACUAGUACUUUUGUUGAGCAUUCGAUUGAAGUCGUAAAUGUUAAUAAAAAAGAGAAAGAAUCACAGUUUAAAUCGGAAUUGCCUAUGCCUAUAAUAAAAGAUGAUACUAUGUAUCCUCUUACAAUUGGUGAUUGUACAACAGUUACUGAUGUUAUAUUGUUAUUUACCAAAACAGAAAAGAGCAAUUAUUCUACUAAACUUAAAGAUUUGUUAGUUAAUAAUAAAAAUAUGUUUAAUUCUAUUUGUGAAGAUGAGUUAAAGGAUUUAGAAAACAAGAUAGAACAGGUAGAUAUACAAAAAGAUAAGUGGUAUAGAGUUAAAAGUAAAGUCAUAAAAGAGAAUUUUAUUGAUCUAUCAGUUUAUACUAAAGAAUCAUUUACUGAGGAAAAUUUAUUUUUAGAAGAUUUUGAUAUGACUACAAUAGGUUUUAUAAAAAAUAAUAUGAAAAAUUAUCUUGUAAAUUUGACAGAAAGAUUAAAUGAAAUAGAAGAGAAAAUAUUUAGUCUAACAAAAAAUGAGCAAAGGUUAGAUCCAAUUAUUCUUCUUAAUGCAUUGACUAAAUAUAAUUAA